GGAGGAGAGCGAGACUGCGGUGUUGUUAGUUUGAACAAAAUGGCUGCGAGACCACUGUCAACGAGAGCUCACUGAACGCCUACCAUGACCGUCCGCUCCGCUGUCUGGAUCCACACAGAAUGUAUUUCCCCGGAGUCGUUUCUCACUUUGCAUUCGCGGUGGCCAGCCCGUCGCUAGUCGUCCAGCUGGCGACCUAAACAACAACAACAAAACAUUUAUUUUGCACUUUAAAACAAGUUGGCUGGCUGACGGCCGUCGGCUCGCUCUUUUACGCCGAUAACCGCCUGAUUUUUCUCCGCUUUUGCAAAACCUCGCAACGAGUUACAGCGUCAAGCAGCUGACGCACUAUUUCGCUGCUUUUGAAAGUCAUUUUUAUUCGUGUUUGGGGUUUUUCGUUGUUGUUGUUUUUGUUUUUGUUGUCAGUGGCGUUUCCUUCGCCUCCCCGCCCCCUCCCCCCAUUAUAGCGUGACGUUUUAACGAACUGUUUUUCGACGAUUUUUUUCCUGUUUUGGUUUUGUUCAAAGCGUGAAUUACCGUACCUGCUGUGUGUGUGCGUGUGUGUGUGUGCGUGUGUGUGUGUGUGUCUGGCUGAGUAGCCGCUGUUUACCUCGCUAUCUUGUCACCAGUCGGCUUAUCUUGCCAAGUCCGACUUUAACUGCGACUGAAUCUCUGCUCCAUCUCUCUACGGGUAACUUGAGAAAAGACAUUGGAGAAUGCUUUUCUGCAUUUUUUUUUUCCUGCCAUGAACCGACUACACUGAAAGCUGCCAAAACUGUGGUUUAAACGCAAGCUGAGAGAAGCUAGCGACAGAAGAAAGAGAACCAUUUGAUGGAAGAAAAGAAAAAGAAAAAACAAGAAGAAAAGACCAAGACGGACGUCGCUCAGAAAAAGGCUGCCGAUCAGAAACCCAAAGUGCCAGAGCCUGCUCCCACUAAGCCCAGUCCCGGCCCACCCCACCACCUCCACCCCGCCAGCCCUACGCUGCCCCUCUCCUCCUCCUCCUCUUCUUCUUCUGGCAAUGGCAAGCGCGCCUCCUCCAGUAGCCAACUCCCGACCCAGACUCCCCCUCAGCAGCAGUGCCAGUUGUCCUCUGCCAGUGCUCGCUACCCGCCCAGAGAGGUGCCCCCGCGCUUCCGCCAGCAGGAGCACAAGCAGCUACUGAAGAGAGGCCAGCCACUGCCUGCAGGAGCCCUCAGCGCUCUCACCCUCUCCUGUUCCUCUUCCUCCUCCUCUUCGCCCUCAUCGUCUUACUCUUCUUCUUCUACGACUACCAGCAGCACUUCCCCAAACUCUGCCACGUCCACUGCGAGCAAACACCACCCAGACAUAUCCCUCCAGAGUGGCUCUGUUGCCCAGUAUGAGACCUCUCAUUGGGGACACUCUUUGCAAGUUGACAGCUCCUCCAGUGCCAACAGCUGGGACAAAGUGAUUACUGACACACGAAGUGACACAAAAGCUUGGCCCUCAAUCAGCCGCAGUAGUGACCUCGGCCACCUAGCAGCACCAGAAUGCUCCUUGGGCUCAGCCAGCUCUAACAAAGACACAAGUGCUGUCACUACCACCAGUAGUAAUAGUUUUCUGAGAAUGGCCACAGGUGCCGCAGGCCAGCAGGCCCACUACUCCUCUCUUAAAGCCAACAAUAACAUGAUGACGGGACCUGGGUCAGCCAACACAUGCGGUAGUAGAGGCUGGGGCUCAGAUGGAAAACAAGAUGGUAUGAAUGGCGGUCGAGUAGGGGCUCCCAAUAACUGGGGCUCUACCAAUUUUAACUUGAACCUCAAUCCCAAUGCCAACCCAUCAGCUUGGCCUGUUCUGGGCCAGGAGGGUGUUGGAGGUUGUGGUAUUGGCCCCAAUGCGGUGUCAAACUCCCCAUCCCUCCCACCAGGUAUUAAUGGCAAUGGAAACAUGGCAAAUGGGAGCCUGGGAGGUGCCGAUAAUGGCGGGGGAGGCUGGGGUGGCAUGAUAAGUGCUAAUGAAAAUGAUCAACAGCACCCUUCAACUAACACAAGCAUGUCCUUCAAAAUGGAACCUUCUAACCUUAACACUGAUGGACCAAACCACACUAAGCAGCAGCAGCAGCAGCAAGCUCAGGAGCCUAUGAGCCCUAUCCAUGGGAUAACUGGCUGGGGAGGCCAGUCACCCACUGAAUCAUCCCAGCUCAAUGGGGACACAACAGGCAGCUCUGUAUGGGGUAGUGGAGAAAGCAAGGCAGCUGACUCUCCCAAGGACUCAGGCUGGGACUCAACUCCCUCUGGAGGCCAUUCUGCUUGGGGCCGGCAAGGCAGUGGCGGUGGGAGUAGUUCAAGUGGUGGCUGGCACGACUGGGGGAAAUCCUCUGGCGGCGGAGAUGCAUCUAAAGGCUGGGACUCAGUAGAUGCUGGUAGCUCUGGUUCAGGCCAAGAGCAACAACCUAGCUCAUGGGGCCAGCAGCCCAGAACAGCCCCAGCGAGCGACGGUAGUGGGGAAAGCAGCGAAAAUCAGUCUGGCUGCAGAGACAGGUCCUCCAGUACGGAUUCUACCCCUCUGCUACCCCGGCAGGACCUGGACCCUAGGGUGCUUAGUAACACGGGUUGGGGACAGACCCCGAUCCGACAGCACACUGUAUGGGAGAUGGAAGAAGCCAACUCGGAUCAAGGGAAGAGCAAAAGCAGCUCAGCUUCUACAGGAGGCCCCAGCUCUCAUGUUGGACCCUCAUCCAUCAAUGGAGGUACCAUCAACCCGAAAAUUAGCCCCAGUCAGAGGCCUAGGUCUGGAGAAAAAAGUGACAGUGAAGGAUCAUCAUCCUCUGGCUGGAGAGCCCCUCCGCCUCAGCCUAUCCAAACUGGAUCAGGAUGGGGGGAUCCCCCACAGUCACACAGCAAAGCGCCGAAUGGCACUACCAGUGGCUGGGGUGACCCUUUGCCUCAAAAUGGUCCCAGAAAUGGAGGCACACCAUCCUGGGGUUCUGAAGAAAAGUCAUCCAGUUGGAACGAUGGCCCGACGAAAAGUCAGCCGACUAACUGGGGAGAGGGCCCCAAAAGCUCCCAUGGAUGGGGCAAUGGUAACGCCGGCAACGGUAACACCGGCAACGGUAACGCCGGUAACGCCAGCAACAGUAACGGCGGCUCCAACGGCCCGAGCACAGGGGAGUGGGGAGAGGCGGAGGUCAAGAAGAAUGGAUCAUCCAGCAGCCUGUGGGAAGGAGAAGGAGGUAAUGGAGGAAGUGGUGGAUGGAAGGAGAGCCCCAGGGGAGGAAAUGGAGGAGGCUGGAGUAAGCCUGCUCCUGCUGCGAGUAAUAGCAGCUGGGGGGAGAUCCCUCGUGCAAACGGCCCAGUGCAGGGGAGCUGGGGCUCUUCCAAGCCCCAGGAAAGCAGCAGCAGCAGCAGCACUGGCAGCGGAGGAGGUGGCAGCAUGGGUUCAUGGGGUGGUCCUGGUACUGUGAAGCAGAACUCUUCGAGCUGGGGAAAUGGUAGCAAACCGGACCAAGGCAUGGAUCCCACUGGCUGGGAAGAGCCCUCCCCUCCCUCUAUCCGCAGGAAGAUUGAGAUUGACGAUGGAACGUCCACCUGGGGCAAUCCUGGCACAAACUCCAAGACUGUCAACAUGUGGGAUCGCACCAGUCCCAAUAACAACCCAGGCAACAGCGGCCCACCGCCCAGUAAGAGUGGUGGAGGGAUUAUCCCCAACAAUAACAACAAUCACUCUGUCGGCCCUGGCAACAACAAUCACCAUCACACUCACCACAUGCACCACCAGCCCCAUCAUGGCCAGCCCCAUCAUGGCCAGCCCCAUCAUGGCCAGCCCCCAGCUCACCUGCAACACCAUGGAAACAACAAUGGGUCAUCCAACAAUGGCCCCCCACAUCCAGGUGCGGGCCCCCAGGGUAGACCCCCGCUCGCCAACCCAGGUUGGGGAGAACUUCCCAGUGUUCAACCCAAGUCAGAGCCUGCUUGGGCAGAGCCAGCCGCUCCGGCAUCAUCUGUGGACAAUGGCACCUCUGCCUGGGGCAAGCCCCCAGCAGGAUGGGGAGACGGUGGCCACGAGUCCUCUGGACCCUAUGGCAGGGCCAACGGACCCACAGGUUCUUCAGCCUGCAAACCAGGUCCCAAACCUAUGCAAGAUGGCUGGGGAAAUGGAGGAGAGGAGAUGGGCAUGUCUAACAGCCAAUGGGAUGCUGAGGAUGGGGACAUGUGGAACAGCCCCACCUCCCAGGAGAGCAGCUCUUCUUGCAACUCCUGGGGCAACGGACCCAAGAAGGGCCCGAGCAAGGGUAAGAUGGGCAAGCCAGAUGAAGCUUGGAUCAUGAACCGUCUCAUCAAACAGCUCACUGACAUGGGCUUUCCGAGAGACCCUGCUGAGGAGGCUUUGAAGAGCAACAACAUGAACCUUGACCAGGCCAUGAGCGCCCUGUUGGAGAAGAAGACGGACCUGGACAAGCGGGGCAUGGGCAUGUCUGAUUACAGCAACGGCAUGAACAAACCCAUGAUGUGUCGGCCCUCUGCUCUCUCCAAAGACCCCUCCGACCGCACUUCCUUUCUUGACAAGGAUGGUGGUCUGUCAGAUGAUGCCCCCUCAUCACCGUUUCUGCCUUCCCCCAGCUUGAAGCUCCCCCUGGCCAACAGUAGCCUUCCCGGGCAGGGUCUGGGACAGGGCAACCCGGGGCUGGCCAUGCAAAACUUGAACAACAGACAGAUACCCAGUGGAAUGUUUGGCAGUAGUGGAGCAGCACAAACCCGGGCGAUGCUGCAGCAGCAGCAGCCUCCUCAGCCACCAGUGCCACCUCUCAGCUCCUCCCAGCCUAGUCUACGUGCUCAAGUGCCUCAGUUUCUCUCCCCUCAGGUCCAAGCACAGCUCUUGCAGUUUGCAGCAAAAAACAUUGGUCUGAACCCUGCACUUUUAACCUCACCAAUAAACCCUCAACAAAUGACUCUCUUGUACCAACUUCAGCAACUGCAAAUGGCGUACCAGCGUUUACAAAUCCAGCAGCAGAUGAUGCAGGCGCAACGCAAUGUUUCCGGCCCCAUUAGACAACAAGAACAGCAAGUUGCACGUACAAUCACCAACAUGCAGCAGCAGAUCCAGCAGCACCAGCGUCAGCUGUACCAAGCGCUGCUGAUGAAGCAGCAGCAACUUCCCUCUCACUCCUCCUCCUCCUCUUCCUCCUCCUCCGCUGGUCUGCAUCCCCCCGGUGGCCCCUCCGGAGGCCAUGGUUCCGGCAAAUCAACCCACGACCCCUACGCAGGCCCACACCAGGCUCCGGGCCUAGCCGACACACUGCACACCAAAGAGCCGCCGUCUUCGCCCAACGCCUACAGCACCUACCCUCUCUCUGGACUAAAUCCAAACAUGAAUGUAAACUGCAUGGAGGUUGGGGGUAUGUCCCUGAAGGAGCCCCCCCAGCCCCAAUCCCGCCUGUCCCAGUGGACACACUCCAACUCCAUGGACGGCCUCUCUUGCAACUCCUCAAACAUGGAGAACAACCUCAAUAAGCACGGUGCCAUAGCUGCUGCCUCUACCCUGGGCCCCCCCGGGAAGCCCCCCCAUCUGGAGGACUCAUACAGCCCUUACAAUCUAAUGUCCAGCUCUGAGUCCCCCACCAGCCCCAUGGUGCCCCCAGACAGCUGGGGCCAGGGCAAGAGCCCCAAUGAAAAGAUCCCCAAUGGGACCAACAUUAACUGGCCCCCAGAGUUCUGCCCAGGUGUGCCAUGGAAGGGCCUCCAGAACAUCGACCCCGAGAAUGAUCCCAACAUGACCCCUGGCAGCGUCCCCAGCGGUCCCACCAUCAACACAAACAUCCACGACGUCAACCGAUACCUGCUGCGGGACAGGAAUGGAGGAAAGCUGUCUGACAUGAAGUCCACCUGGUCCCCAGGGCCCAUCUCCCAGGGCCAGGCCUCUUUGUCCCACGAGCUGUGGAAAGUCCCUCAGGGGCCGCGCAGCAACGCAGCCCCUUCUCGGCCCCCACCAGGCCUCGCCCACAACAAACCCUCCUCCACCUGGGGUGGCAACUCGCUGGGCCUGUCCCAGGGCUGGAGCGGCUCCUACGCCCCUGAGGGAACCACCUGGAGUACUGACAGCCCCAACAGGACCAGCAGCUGGCUGGUGCUGAGGAAUCUCACCCCACAAAUUGACGGUUCGACUCUGCGGACCCUGUGCAUGCAACACGGCCCCCUGAUCACAUUCCACCUCAACCUGACCCAGGGGAACGCCGUGGUGCGCUACAGCUCCAAGGAUGAGGCCGCAAAGGCCCAGAAGUCUCUGCACAUGUGUGUGCUUGGAAACACCACCAUCCUUGCGGAGUUUGCCGGCGAGGAGGAGGUGAACCGCUUCUUUGCACAAGGCCAGUCCCUGGGGGCUAACACCACUAGCUGGCAGGCCAACCAAGGAACCAAUCAAAACCGGAUGGGCGGGGCAGCACAGUCCCACUCUAUUGGCCAGUGGAGCAGCAGCGGCGGCGGUGGCUGCGGAGGCAAGUCCAACGGGGGAGACCUGCUGUGGGGCGGCAUGCCCCAUUACUCCAGCCUGUGGGGUCCGCCGAGUGGAGACGAUGGCCGUGUGAUCGGGAGCCCCACCUCCAUUAACACCCUGCUGCCUGGAGAUCUGCUGAGUGGAGAGUCCAUGUAGGAUGAUGCCACGAUACACUAACUAACCAACCAACCAACCAACCAACCACCACCAUGUCACGUAAGCCAUUGGUGGUGGGUGGGAGGGAGGGAAGAAAAAUACAAAACAAACAAAAAAAAAAAUUCAAUAUGAACAGGAGCAAAACCCAAGCAAAUCAUGUGGCGAUAAUCAGUAUCAAUUUGAACUGUGAAUUGUGAAUCCGAAGGCUGGAGUCCCAACCACACAGACUGCAGACUCCAGUCCUUGUGAUUUGCUUUUGUCCGUUUUUUGUUUGGUUUACCUUUUUUGGUAUUUUUGAAAUGCAUCGUAUAAAACAAACUGAAAUGAGACACAAUACAAAGAAACCUUUGAAGUGUUUUUAGUUUUUCCAGAAGUAUACAUGACAUUCUGUGUGAAAUUGUUUUGAAGACUGUUGUUAGGAGAAGCAAUCAAAGCUGCCAUCUGAGACUUUCCUUUUCCCUCCAAAAAAACAAAAACAAAAAAAUCCCCAAAUAAGACUUAAAACGACCAUUCCCAGCAUGUCCAUGGCCAAUGAUGUGGUUCAAAGACCUUUAAUAGUUGUGUUAACGUUUGUUUCUCAGCACUAAUAUUAGCCUUAAGUGCUCUCUGGCCCAGGUCCUUCCCAAGCAGCCUUUUGUUGUUUUUUGUAACUGAAGAAAUAGCUGAAAUCUUGCACAGUUUCACCUCUGAACCAGCAAGUGGUACAGGACAUGACUGGUGACCAACUCCGUCGCUGGGCAGUAAGAAGUCCUGGCCACGUGACUGGCCCUACCAAUCAUCAGCUUAAUUAUUUUGGUUUCUCAAAGGGAUUGACACAGCUGUAAAAAUGUUCUUUUUUUUUUUUUUUUUUUUGUUUGUAGGUCUAGACCCAAGCGCGUUUUUUUUGAUAUCUACAAUAUAUAUAAGCUGAGAAGAUUAUUUGUCCAACCUCGCUGCGUGUCUCUGGUUCCGUACAUGCCUAUGUAGGUCCAGUGGCACCUAAUCACUGCAAGCCCAGAUCCUUCUGGUCACCUUCAACCCAGUCGCUUACUGGUGCUUUGUUGAAUUUUCUAUUGUCCGAUUUGUUAUGAAGCCCAGCGGUCUGUAUGGUCAGCCAGUUUUUUGGAGGAAAACAAAACAAAAAAAAAAGAACACAAUUUCACCUUACAUUGUGCAAUAUACACCAUAGACCUUUCUUCCGUCCAUACUCUAUGUCCACCGGAGCUGGUUUCUAUUUUGUUUUUCGUGAUUGUUGCUGAUCGCAGCAAAAGACAUUGGAACUUCACAAACCUUACCCCCCCCCCCCUUUUUCGAAACUUUGAUUCCCUCCAGACCGCCAGUCCUCCUGAAACUGUUGGAAAAAACUCUGCAAAGAGGAAGAAGCCGCUGUUGAACUGUGCAUGCAGCAAACUGUACUAAAGAGUGACACAAUAAUGCACACUUCCUCUCUGCAUGCCACAGCCACAUCCAACAGAGACUGAAUCUCACAGUGGGAUCGGAUGGUUCUGUGUAUCUGGCACAAUACCAAAUAAGAGGGGUUUCUCCUAAUGCAGUAGACCUUCGAGUGUUCCUUGCGUUUGGUACUGUACAAACAGAAGAGACUAAGACUUUUAUAAAUUCAAAGGGUUUUAUCAUAGCACUUAUGAAGAGCAAAUCGCUUCAACCGCAAUCCAAUGAAUCAAAAAAAAGGAGCAGCAUAAACAUUGAAAACAACACAAAAAAAACCAAUAACUGCUCUUUUAUGUACUAUAUCUAUUCCUUGGAAAUGUGUCAUUGUUCCUCUGGUAGCAGGAUGAAGGGAAACAAAACUGAAAUGUACCAUUGGACAUUGGUGAAAAACUGCAGUCUAUGUUCAGUUUUUUUCCUUCUUUGAACAAUAUCAAAGUGAAUAUCACUGUUACUCCAAAUAUUUAGCCUUGUUCUGUUUGGAGGCACGAGACUUGCAAACGUCAGCUGUCUCUGACACCCGCCGGCCAGUCAGUCGGUGGGAGAGUCGGGAGUGGUGUGGGGAGGGGAGGGGCGGGGGGAGUGUCCACUGAGUGCCUCUCUGCUGUGGUCCUCGGGGUGUCAAGCGGCAGCCCCCCACAGCGCAGCACUUCCUCCUGGGCUCCACUUGACCCUCCCCUCUGAAGAAAUGCAUCUCCUCCAAGACCGGCGAAUCACGGCUCUCUGCCGCACACGGCAUCUCCAGCGGGGGAGGGGUGGGGGAGGCUGCUGCCAACACCACCACCACCCAACCCUGCUGCCGUCCUCUCCCCCAGCUCUCAGUUCUUUGACACACAGAUCACUUUAGCUGGAAGAUGUAAUAGUCAUAUUUCUGGAAUUUUUUGCCAGUGUUCUUUUUAUUUUUAUUCUUUGUGGAGAUUUUUUUCUCAAUGUCUUGUGUUGUUGUUUUUUUGUCUACAUGCAGUGGUCUACAAAAUACUGGCUGCUGAACUAGCCCUUCACUGUUGAUAUGCAGAAACACUUUGGUCAGAGGUGCCUCUGUAUGUUCAUCCUGUGUAUUGAAUGCAAAACGAGGAUCAAUACUACAGAGCGUUAUUGAUUGUCUAUUUGUUUUGAACUGAUCAUGCUUUUGUGUUUAACAGUAUUCUGUAGUACUUCCAGGUAGUAUCUUGAGAUGUAUAAAAAAGAAGAAAAAAAAAAAAUAGGGUGUCUCAGACGGGGGUGUGGGUGUUUGUUGCUCCAAGCUGCUCCGCUUGCCCGCAGGCUGUCCCCCCCUUGCCCUUUGCCUAGCUGCUACGCUAUGACCUCCUCCACCUCAACCUGACCCAGUAGCCCUCCCCUGACCAGGCACCAACAGGCCCUCCUAUCUGUUUCUAUGCAAAAGACUAGAGGCUGGGGCCCUUUACAGCACGCCAAGCCUCACGCGGGGAAUGAGCACUCGUCCCCCAUGAGCUGGUCAAACCUGAACCCUCGUCACUUCAGAGUGGCCGCUGUUUCUGUAAAGUCCGGCUAAGCCACCAGAACACUGUCACGUACUGAAGUCCGAACACUUUAUCAAAGAUCGGCCUUUGUCUCUGUGCUGAAGACACUUCUUCUGUCCACUUGAUCUCAGGGUAGGGGAGUAGAUGAUACCAAGUAAGAGCUGCAGCUCUCCGUAUCGGUCCUUUCUACUGUGAGAGCAAAGUCUUAAAUGAAAAGGCCAUCUUGCGCAACAUGUACGGACCUCAUGCCUCGAACUUAAUCCUAAUUGGAAGGGAAAAUGCUUGUAUUGAAUCUUUUUUCUCAAAAAGGUGGCCUAUAUUUACUGUUUCGGGGCCCAUUGUUGCGUGUAAAAAGUUGCCAACAUAAUGUGCCAAUAUAAAUUUGCUGUGUCGUACUGUAUCUUUAUAGAGAGCACUUCUGUUCCCUGUUUGGAGGAGCUUUGAUAACCUUUGCAGAGGGUGCAGCGGGGGACAGGAGGGAUCAAACAAAUGGGCAACAGCAUCACACCCUUAACAGGCUGAGAGUUUUCUUUUUUUUUAUGCUUUUGUGGGGAAUGCCCCCAUGCUAUGGAGAAAAUCUUUACUCAGUUGGGUGUUCCAGUUUGCUACAGUGCACAGUUGAUGAUGGGUAAUCCCGGGUACAUAUUUUUUUAAAACCAAAAAUGAAAUUGCAUUUUAACGUCAUUUUUAUGAAGUUUGACAUAAAAAUCUUAAAAAUGCAAAAAAAAUCUAAAUGAGAGAAGAAAAAACAAAAAAAAAAAAAAAGAUCUAUAAUAUGUUAAAGCUCUGCACUUCUAGCUGAAACGUCUCCUGUCGUCAGCCUCUACUACCACCAUCUAAAGGAGUAGACUGGUGGCCGGGGUGCCUUUUUGUGGAUGCUGUAUUUAUCUCGAUUUUAUGUUUUGUGCCCCGCUCAAAGCGGGACCGCUGAACUGUACAUUUCCACAGACCCAGAAUGGCGUGGGCCCAACUGUAUCAGCCUCACUCUCCUCACUCUGCAUCAGCAGGAGGGGAGGGGCACAUUUCAAGAGGUACAAAGUCUUAAAAAAAAACGUUUUAAGAAAAAGUUUUAAAAAACUAAACUAAAAAAAAAAAAGAAGAACAAGAAAACGGGAAAAGGCUACCUUUCAGGACGUGCAGUCCUGCAGCACACAAGCAAAAAUCACUAUUGCCUGUUUCUGUAACUGCCUUGAUCCAAGCUCAGACAGACCCGAUAGCCGAGGACCUCCUCGUCCCGCAUCCUGCAUAACCGGAGAACCCUGACGGUGAAGGGGGUUUCCCAUGCUGCACCAGCAUCGAGAGGUUCUCCUCUCUACAGUGUGUGUGUGUGUGUGUAUAUAUGUAUGUAUAUGUGUGUAUGUAUACAUAUAUACACAUAUACAUACUGUGAGUUUGGUGUGUGUGGUAUCGCCUCUUCAGACUUCUUGGAUCGUGACCUCUGAAACGUUUCAUUUUUGUUUUAAAAGGUUUCACACAACUGAAAAAUGAGCAAUAUGUAUUUUCCCCGCAAAUAAGUGAUACGAAGGAAAGAAUUUGGGGUCGGGUGUAAACUGAUGAUUGAUUGAAAGCGUGGGCUUUCCUAUAUGGAGUUGGAUAUGCACGUUCUGGUUUUGAUGACAUAUUACAGUACUUUGAAGUGCUUGUACUGUACAUAUGUGUGUUUGUUAGUUAGCCUGUCUAAAAGCCCAACACAACCAGUCCAUUGAAAAAAAAUCACAAACAUAUCAAAACUAGACAAAAUAUUAAACACAAAUACUUGAAUCAUGGAGCGCCAAUAAUGUAAUGUGAAGUCAGUAGUUCUUUUUUUUGUUUGACAGGUACACCUAGGGGCUUUUAGAGAAUAUAAAAAAAAAUGUAUUGUAUUGAGUUACAAAUACAAAAUCUUUGAGAGAAAAAAAUGCAAAAGUCAUCUUUGAUGUGUGCUUGAAAUUCAGAUGUUUGUAUGAAUGUGUGCGCAAGAAACUGUGUACCGGGCCCACGGCCCGCUCUAAUGUUCCACUCAGUAUGCUAUAUUUUGUGUCUUUUUUAUUUUCUUCUGUUUUGUUCUGUCAAAACCUAUUCUGAUAGACAUUAUUAUCGUCUGACGUUGCACUGAGUGUCUUCUACCCCUCACUCAGCUAAUCGUAGACAAACGAGUUUAAGUACUGAGGGGAGACGGUGACAAUUCAUGUGUACAUGUUUACUCAAGGACUUAAUGGAUUUGUUUCAUUCUAUCUGUAAAAAGUUUAUCUACCUUAUAGUGGCUUUUAUUGUGGGAUAAUCCAAUACAAGGAUUAUCGUUGAGUAUUGCACCAUUUUAUUUCAAUUAUACAAAAAAAAAAUGGAGAAAAAAUUUUAAAUAAGAAAAAAACUACAAAAAAAACUACAAAACAAAAAAAAGGGAGGGGAAAAACAAAGAACUGUGGCCAUAGAUAGCUGUAGAAGGAGUAGUAAUCCCGAUGUUAACUUCAUGGAGAAAUAGAAAGGGAUGACGUGUGGGAGGUGAGUUUGUUACAAGACUCAUUUCAGAGGUGCCUAUCUUUUCUGUUUGUUUGUUUUUUGCAAAAGCCACCUGUCGUUUACAAGCAUUUCAUUCGUCUGAAGUUCAAGGAAAUAGGAUUUUAUAACAGGAAUGUUAGAAAAAAAAAAAGAGACAAAUUUCAUCUUCCAUCAAAUAUGGACAUGGAAAAUCUUGCAAAAUGAAGAUUUAUGCUACUUUAAGAACUCUGGGAUUGAUCAGUGUUGUGUCAUUUCAAUUUUUUAUUUUAUUUUCUUUCAGCGUCGACAGACUAUCUCUGUAUGUAUUGAGUUGUGAUUUUAUAUUUCCUGUAAGCGACACCGUUUGCUCAAUAUCUUGCACACUCAUAAAAGAUGUGGAUUUUUGUCUCAGGAAGGCCAGGGUUCCAGAUCGCUACUCCAUCAUUUCUAGAUUUAAUGUUUUUUGUGAAAGCAACUGAAAACAAUUAAACUCCAAGCAAGCACUGAAGGUCAUGAGUUUAACAGAAUAUAGUGGGUACCAAGUAACAACAACAAAAAGUUUGUAGCAAGUUAUAUAUUUACCAAAUAAGACUAAGAAUCAACUUUUGAAAAAAAAAAAAAAAAAGUGGAGUGCUUUACAUGUGAAAUCUAAGUAUAAUUGCUUUACAUUUAAACUGAUCAAUGGUUUGAUUGUGAAAAACACAGUGACAGAAAAUGCAUUUGUAUGUUUUGACUUUCAAGUUUCCAUCCUGUAGUCCAGGAGCAUUGUGCAAGUAUUUUUUAUUUUUUUGUUAUGUCAUCUCGCCUGUCUGUUAGCAUUUCUGUUCCUGUGACAGGUAUUUCACUAGUUGAGAGAUUUGUUAACAUGUAACAGAUGGUUUGAAGUGGAGGAGUAAAGCUGGUUUUUAAAGGAUCAUGAUCUAUGCACAAGUGGGAGGGAAGAGUCCAAACCAAGCUGCUGUACUGCUGGUGUUUGUUGACUCAGAAUCUAGGGUUCAGGGUUUUAUGUAGGGUUCUUCUUCUUUUCUUCUCUUUGCUCUAAUCUACUUCCCCCUGUCCCCCUCCUCAUUAUUGACAUCUAAUGUUUGAGUAAAACUUUACAUUGCGUCACCAUGCUGUGUAGUCCUUAACCAAUGAGCGCUUAUCCUUCUGCUAAAGCACUGUGGGUUGUACUGAGAAAAAAAAUGCCCAUGACUUCUAAGGUUGUCAUUUGUUUGUUUUUUUUCAGUGGGUGGGCGAAUGGGGGUACUUUGCCUUUGCCUUUCUCUUUACUUUGGAAAAAAAACAUUAAGGAAAAAUGUCUGUAACUGAAAUACAAAGUUGUGGCUUUUAAUGUUCAUUUAAUGUUUCAUUUUUUCUCCUCAUAGAAUGUGAUUGUUAAGGACAUGCACCGGAAAAAAAUGUUUCCAUGGAUUAUGGAUGUUCUUUCGGACUAUAUUAAUAAAUUACAAAUUUUCUUGGCUGUUA